CAGAAUGUGGUGGACCAAAUUCUUCAGGUAUUUCCAGACUCGUAUCGCAACUUUCCGCUUGUUGCUCGUAAAGCAGCCUGUCAUUGGCCUGCUCUACAGAAAUGGACUCCAGACUAUUUGGCCGAAAAAGUUAGGGGAAAGCUGAAAUUCCGAAUGGGUCGUAAGACUUUGGGGUCUACUCCUCCUCAGUGGGAAUGCGACGCUGAAUACGUUUUAGCCAGUAUUGCUGACUUGUUCACUUGGUGUCGUGGUAGUAACAGUCUGCCUUUUGCUAAAUACCCUUUUGGGGACUGGUGGGCCUACGCCUCUUACCUACACAUGUCAGCAACACCUGCGCUAUCUGAGAUCCAAGAAGACGUUCCCUGGGAAUCAUUAUUCCCUUGUUUGUCGAAUUCCAGCCAAUCAACCUUCUGGCUUGGGACAGAUCAGUCCCACACUCCAUGUCAUUACGAUACGUAUGGAAUAAAUUUCGUCCUCCAAGUCCGCGGGAAAAAACGCUGGACACUGUUCCCACCAUCUGAUACACCCUUUUUGUAUCCCACGCGCCUUCCAUUGGAAGAAUCUACCGUAUUUAGCCGCAUAAACUUCGUGUGUCCAAAUUUCAUCCAGUACCCUCUUCUUCUUAAUACACAUCCACGAGUAAUUGUUCUUGAGCCCGGAGAUGUCUUGUUCGUUCCUCGCCACUGGUGGCACUUUGUUGAGACAAUUGACGGUGACACAUCUUGUGCCAUCAAUGUGUGGCUUGAUCAGCCCAUGAUUGAUAAUAAAGUUCGAUGCAAGGAAGCUCUUACUCAAAUCGCCUGCUUUUCGCUUGCCAAGUGUGCUCCCAGCACUAGCAACAUCCUUAGUCGUUUGCAUUCUACGGAGAGGGCUUUUGCUGGUUCACAAAAUUGGUUUACCUGUUUGGUAGAUUGUAUUAAUACCAGUAGAUCUACCACCCAUCCACAUUCCUAUCCCCUUCCUGUUACGUUAGAGCCAUCACAUAACUGGGAGAUUGUAUCUGAAACGGACAUCGUUGAAAUACUCCCUGGUUCCGACAAAUUAGUUCUCCCGCCCAAGGAUUCUAUGGUCAGUGUAGAAAAUAUAGUGGCUGCUUUCCUCCACCCCGAUGUCAUAGAUCUUCCCUCGGUGAUCACUUCUCCCCUAAAUUGUGAGAACAAAAAAGGUGAUCCUGUGGUCCUUCGAUGCAAAUCCCUGAGCGGUCAAUAUGUUCUUGAACUAUCUAGUGUGUCUACAGUUGAAGAGCUAGCGACAAAAGUCGUUGCGUAUACCGGGAUCGAACGCGAUGCUCUUAGUCUUCGGUUUGGCUUUCCACCAAAACGGAUCGACUUGAGUCCUGAGGGAGCCAAAUUAACCCUGUCUGAGUUAAAAAUAAGUUCCGGUGACUGCAUAACGGCAGACGGAGCUGUAUCAACGGAAACUCCACAAACCCAGACAACUAGUAGUCAGGCGCUCCAUUCUAGGCUAGUUCGGAAGGUGGCUCCCUCGGAUAACUGCUGCCUUUUUACCAGUGUCAACUUUUGCGUCAGCAAUCGCGACUCCUCCCGAUCCAUCGAGGCGCCGGUUGUGACUGAUGCCGACGAGGUGCAGGAGACGCGUAUGCUGAUCGCCAAUAUUGUGCUAAGUGAUCCAGCUACUUUCAAUGAAGGCAUUCUUGGAAUGCCUGUCGAGAACUAUAUCCACGGCAUCAUUCAGCCUCAUCGUUGGGGUGGAGGAAUCGAGGUCUCCAUCUUGUCAGCGGUGCACGAAGUUGAGAUCGACGUUGUUGAUGUGCUCACAGGCCGCAUCGAUAGAUUUGGGGAAGACAAAUCUUACUCCCAUCGUAUCUUACUUCUCUACGAUGGAAUUCACUAUGAUCCACUUGCUGCGGAACACACAGAUACUGGAACUUUGCAGACUAUCUUUUCAACUUCCCAGGAUUCUGUACUUGUUGAGGCGCAAGUCCUAGCAAACGACGUAAAGCGCGCCGGUCAGUUUACCGACCUGACUAAUUGCAAUCUGAUGUGCUCAAUUUGCCGGAGCCCACUGAGAGGCCAGCAGGGCGCUCAACAACACGCCAAGUCGACAGGUCACACUCAGUUCCAAGAGCGCUCACGUUUCUAG